GGAGUGAAGUCUCGCGAGAAGAGGCGGUUGCCGUAGCGGAGCUCUCAGGCUGUGUGUCUGAGGAUCCGCCGCCCGAGCCGCGGACAGUUUACGGAGCCCGUUAGCGCCCCGGUCGAGACCCCCGCCGCCGUCAUGUCCCGCUACCUGCGCCCCCCCAACACAUCUCUGUUCGUAAGGAACGUGGCCGACGACACGAGGUCCGAAGAUUUACGGCGCGAAUUUGGUCGUUAUGGUCCUAUAGUUGAUGUGUAUGUGCCACUUGAUUUCUACACUCGCCGUCCAAGAGGAUUUGCUUAUGUUCAAUUUGAGGAUGUUCGUGAUGCUGAAGAUGCUUUACAUAAUUUGGACAGAAAAUGGAUUUGCGGACGCCAGAUUGAAAUACAGUUUGCACAGGGUGAUCGGAAGACUCCAAAUCAGAUGAAAGCCAAGGAAGGAAGGAAUGUGUACAGUUCUUCACGCUAUGAUGAUUAUGACAGAUACAGACGUUCUAGAAGCCGAAGUUAUGAAAGAAGGAGAUCAAGAAGUCGGUCCUUUGAUUACAACUACAGAAGAUCUUAUAGUCCUAGAAAUAGACCGACUGGAAGACCACGGCGUAGCAGAAGCCAUUCCGACAAUGAUAGAUUCAAACACCGAAAUCGAUCUUUUUCAAGAUCUAAAUCCAAUUCAAGAUCACGGUCCAAGUCCCAGCCCAAGAAAGAAAUGAAGGCUAAGUCACGUUCUAGGUCUGCAUCUCACACCAAAGCUAGAGGCACCUCUAAAACAGAUUCCAAAACACAUUAUAAGUCUGGCUCAAGAUAUGAAAAGGAAUCAAGGAAAAAAGAACCACCUAGAUCCAAAUCUCAGUCAAGAUCACAGUCUAGGUCUAGGUCAAAGUCUAGAUCAAGGUCUUGGACUAGUCCUAAGUCCAGUGGCCACUGAUAGAUAAACCGUGAUAUUUUUAGGCAUGUAUCAUUCAUUUACUCAUAGUUUGGUUUACUUAAAUUAUCAGGAAUACAAUGUUGCAAUGAUGCUUAAAAAACACUUGUCAGUUUUCCCUGUACCAGGCAAUGGUUAUAAUUAAAAUGAUAUGCUGUUGAGAAGCCACUCUUAAGAGUCCAGUUUGUUUAAUGUUAUGGGCAGCUACCAAUUUGUGGUGUCUCUGUAUAUUUUUGUAAAGAUUCUCAUUUUUUAUGCUUGAAGUAUUGGUGAAAAGAUGUUGGUUGACCAUAAUUUGCAACAUUGUCUUACUAAAAAUAAACUUUCAUAUCCAUAUUUGGUAGAACUGUUAACCUAGAAAUGUAGCUUGCUAAUAAGAUAGAAUGAUACAAAGUGAAGUUGUAGCCACAGUACAACACUGAUCAGACACAUUUAGGUUCAGGGUGGACCUUUUUGUCUUGUCAAAAUGUCUAGGCCCGUGAUAUAGUUAAUUUAUGACACGGUGUGGAUAGUUCUUUUGUUAACCCCACUGUCUUGGGGCGUGAUGCCAACUGGGUUAAGUAGCUUUUUCAGGGAGAUGGAGUUUUUGACUGAAACAUGGAGCCUUCACUGCUUUUUUUUUUUUUUCUGGAUUCUAUGAAGAUUUGGAACAUACAAACAUCAGAAAAACUCACCUUAAAAUUUGAGCAGGUCAAUGAUGGCAAAACAAUUUUAAGGGGGAAAGAAUGUUCUUAUGUAGUUACUCUAAACUUUAAGGAGCAUUGUUGACCCUAAUAUUGCUUAGUUUUCUUACUGCUGUUAAAAGCAAGUAAAUUGUUUCAAAGUAGGUUUUGUUUUUGUUCGUGUGUUGUAGUAGUGUAAAAGAACCGAAUUUUGAUGCUUAUAGCACUCGGUAUGUGCGUUUGUAUCAAAAUUGGCCUGCCUCUUUCCGAAGGAGGCUUGUUCUUCACCGUCCGUUCAGUUAACGUGAGGCGAGUUGAAAGACAACACUCCCAUUCUAGGUGGUUUUGUGGUGCCAUGAAAUUUAAAAUAACUUUGAAAAAAGUUGAUUAUAAAUAAGUUACAUCUGAGGUUUUUUUUGAUUUAUUAUCAAUCUAGUACCUAGCAGGUACCUGACUAAAAAUGAGAAAAUAAUAACCCUUAACCAUUUAUAAUUUCUAGCAUUUCUCAGAGAGAUUGUUUUGGGGGCAAUAAAAAUGACCCGACGUGUCCAGUCUCAUUUCAGAAUAAAAGCUAGCAUCUUUAAAAAUUUUAGAUUGCUUGCUUCCAGGUUACGAGUAAGAAAUAUUGUGGGGAAACGAUUCCUUUUAAAGGAUUACUUCUUUCAGUUUUUGUUUUAGUAAUCUAGGCCUUGCCUGUAAAGAACAAAAGAUGGUUUUUAAAUACUGUUUGUGGAAUGUGUUUAAAGAAUUGAUUCUAGAACCUUUGUAUAUUUGAUAGUAUUUCUAACUUUCAUUUCUUUACUGUUUGCAGUUAAUGUUCAUGUUCUGCUAUGCAAUCAUUUAUAUGCACGUUUCUUUAAUUUUUUUAGAUUUUCCUGGAUGUAUAGUUUAAACAACAAAAAGUCUAUUUAAAACUGUAGCAGUAGUUUGCAGUUCUAGCAAAGAGGAAAGUUGUGGGGUUAAACUUUGUAUUUUCUUUCUUAUAGAAGCUUCUAAAAAGGUAUUUUUAUAUGUUCUUUUUAACAAAUAUUGUGUACAACCUUUAAAACAUCAAUGUUUGGAUCAAAACAAGACCCAGCUUAUUUUCUGCUUGCUGUAAAUUAAGCAAACAUGCUAUAAUAAAAACAAAAUGAAGGAAAUAA